GCCCGUCGCACUGAGUAGACAUGCCGCGCGUUGUCGCUCUCACAAUCCUCCUUACACUCGUCACGAUCGCGGAAUGCGUAGAAGAAGACUGCGUGGACUGGGAGGGGAAGACCGUUCCCCACGGGCUGCUGUACGUUCCCGGGCCGGGGGUGUGCUCCAUCUGCGUGUGCUACCACUCGGAGCCCAUGUGGUGCAAGGCGAUUUACUGCGACCCACCUUAUUUCUGCAAUAACUUCCGAGUGGGCGAGCGGUGCUGUGAAUUCGAGUGUCUCGACCCUCCCGGGGAGGACACCAGGUACCAGGAGAGACAGCGGCUACGAGCCCUCAUCCUCUCUGGGAAUUCAUCCGCAACUCACUUCACACCAAUGAGGAUCAGCACGAGUAUCAGCUUGCUAGCUGUGGCUGUGUACCGACUUGUUUGAACAUUAAAUGGAUACAAGUCUUAGCCCGAUUAACAGUUUAACACUAGGACCUUGUGUCUAGAUGUGCUGCUUUGAAGUAAAAAAGAGAAUUCGCGAUUUAAACGAGAUCGUCAGUUAAUGUGACGUUAUUUUUAAAUUGCUUAAAAACACUGUUGAAUUGAAGAAUCACAUUGAUACGUUUAUUCUUUUAUAAGUAAAUUUUUUUUAUUAAACAGUCGACAGUUUAAAACUUAUCCAAAAAUAUAAUUAGUUAAAUGCGUUUUUCAAUUAAUCGAACAAAUCGUAAGAACUUCAGUACCACUUAUCCCUGCCACAUUAUUUCCCUCCAAGAUGAAUCCAUAAAUUAUAAUAAAAUCGUGUAAAAGUAGUGAAAAGAACAACUGAAAACAUUAAACAAUGUGACAAAAUUUGCAUUACAAAGGUAAUUAAAUACGACAUCUUUUUGCGGUGGCAACACAUUUUCGCGGGAAUGCAAUUACAGAGUAAUAAACGAAAUAGUAUAGAGGUUAAUUAUUAAGGUAGGUAGGUACACAGUUUUACUCGCAAUAUUUUAUGUGAUGCCUCAGCAAUGUGUGCCUUUUCAAUAUUUACUAAUAAAUAAUCUACAUUUCAAUCCCUUCCCAUUAUCAACGUAGGAACUUUAGCUCAUAUCAUUAUUGUAGUUCUAAACUAAAAUUCUUACUUCAAAACAACUAACUACUAAAAUAUACGCCAAAUAUUUGACUCGCUAAUUCCCUAUUCACAUUUUAGAACAAAUAAAAUCUACCUUCUAACUUCGGUGCACCUUAUAAGCAGAUAAUAAUUAGUAUAAAUAAUUAUAAAUAAAUAAUUUUGGACCAAUUUUAUGUAACAUUGUAGCUCAAUAUGGGCUGACUUCCACUAAGGACGAUUGGUUACGCACAAUGACAAAGUAAAGUCAAAUAAAUACGAGAAAAGGGCGGGAAAAUACUACCAGU